AUGCUGAGGAUGGCAAGCAUCACCACUAAACUCACUCGGGGAGUCUGCUCCGUGACCAGAGCCGCACGACGAGCAACUCUAGUGGCACCGGCCCAUAUCGUGGCGCCUCGCUCGCAAAACCUGGCCGCGUGCAGAGCAAGUAUUGUGGUGCAGCAAACUAUCAGAGACUUUCACUCCACACCCAGAAAUCACAACGUUGACCCGAUCAGGAAUAGUCCUAGAGGACUCCUGCCCGAGUUUAGCCUUCAGGACAAGGUAAUCAUUGUGUCUGGGGGUGCACAAGGACUUGGUCUGGUGCAAACAGAAGCCCUCCUGGAAGCCGGCGCGACAGUCCAUAUAUACGAUCGCCAACCUCAGCCAGGUUCUGGCAGCAAAUAUGAGAGGGUUGCUAAAAGGGCUGCGGAAGAGCUCGACACUACUUUGGCGUAUCAUCAAAUCGACGUGCGCACCGGAGUCGAUGAGAUCAACAAGAUCACCGAGAAGAUCGCGGAGAAACACGGACACAUUGAUGGGUUGAUCGCGGCAGCAGGCAUCCAGCAGGAGACUCCAGCUUUGGAAUACACCGCGGAGGACGCCGAUAGGAUGCUGGGGGUCAACGUGACCGGCGUGCUCAUGACUGCCCAGGCAGUCGCGCGACAGAUGGUCAAGGGGAACACGGGGGGCAGCCUUGUCUUCAUUGCCAGCAUGAGUGGAACUGUUGCGAACCGUGGAUUGAUCUGCCCUGUCUACAAUGCCUCAAAGGCUGCAGUCAUGCAACUGGGCCGUAACCUUGCUGCUGAAUGGGGCGAGCACGGAAUUCGAGUCAACACCAUAUCUCCAGGCUAUAUCGUGACAGAGAUGGUUGAGAAGCUCUUCCUCAAGUUUCCUGAACGUGAGAAGGAGUGGCCGACCCACAAUAUGCUGAACAAACUGAGCAAGCCAGAGGACUAUCGAGGUGCAGCUGUAUUCUUGCUUAGUGACGCCAGUCGAUUCAUGACAGGCGCUGAUCUUCGAAUCGAUGGCGGGCAUUGUGCUUGGUGA